GUACGGGGCCGGGCACUGGGCAGGAACGGGGCCGGGCGGCGGGCAGGUACGGGGCCGGGCGCUGGGCAGGUAUGGGGCCGGGCUCUGGGCAGGUACGGGGCCAGGCGUUGGGCAGGUACAGGGCCGGGCGCUGGGCAGGUACGGGGCCGGGCGCUGGGCAGGUACGGGGCCGGGCGCUGGGCAGGUACGGGGCCGGGUGCUGGGCAGGUACUGGGCCGGGCACUGGGUAGGAACGGGGCCGGGCGCUGGGCAGGUACGGGGUCGGGCGAUGGGCAGGUACGGGGCCGGGCGCUGGGCAGGUACGGGGCCUUGCGCUGGGCGCGGAAUGGGGCCGGGCGCGGGGCUAGGUACGGGGCCGGGCGCGGGCUAG